AUGGCAGAACCAACGACACAAGCUGUUGUUGACCAGACUGUUCUAAAUGCCUCAAAUACUGCAUCAGCUUCUUCUGCUGCUGUAGCAACCCACCUUCAAACGCAACAACAAAUUCUGCAACAACAGCAGAACCAAGCAUUUAUGACACAGUUCUGGAAUAAACAAAUUAUGGUAGCAGAGCAGUUUGAAAGUGAUUUCAAAAACCAUCCAUUACCACUUGCAAGAAUCAAAAAAGUUAUGAAAAGUGAUCAAGACGUUAAGGCACCCAUUUUAUUUUCAAAAGCCUGUGAAAUCUUUAUAUCCGAAAUCACGAUGCGAGCAUGGACUCAUGCUGAAGAAAAUAAACGUCGUACCUUGCAACGUAGUGACGUCGCCUCUGCA